CUUCGUCCGUUCUGUCCCCACCCAUCGCAUUCUCCGCGCUGGCCUACCUGCAGACACAUCGGUCCGCCGACGUGUACAACCAGCGUUCAAAUCACCCAAAUUCCAUCCGGAAAAUCGGCACACAACAUCGGUCAGAAAUUCGCGACGUCCGUGGCCAACGAUACGUGCACCACCAAGGUACGCAGUGCAGCAUUUUCGCAACGGGUACGCGUCUUUUCGGGCACGGUGAUCGGUGUGUGGUGAGAUUGUGUCAAUCGUUGGAAUUUAGGUGUGUGUUACUAGAGGAAUUUCUUGCGGCGGACCGUUUUUUAUUUCGUUCUUUAUUUGGAUUAACCAAGGGAUUUUGUGAUUUUUAAACAUGACGAGGAGCUAAAGAUGUCCUGACGUCCCAUCACACCAACGAAUCGUUCCCUCAGUCCUCGACCACCACAAGGCCAUCAAAAUGUCCGAAUCCACCCCAAUAUGCAGAUGCAGAGUCCUGUAUUUGGGCUCUAGCGUGCCCCAACAGACCAAAGACGGCCUGCAGGGCAUCCAGGAGCCGCUGCAGGAGCUCUACCCCGACCAAGGAGCCACCGGCGCCAGAGGCAUCGACAGCUGGCUCAGCGUCUGGUCCAACGGCAUCCUCUUGGAGAACGUCGACGAAAACCACAAGAAAAUCACCAGGUUCUUCCCGAUCGAGAGUCUGCAUUACUGCGCCGCAGUACGAUAUGUUCUAGUCCCCGAAAAAAACACGCUGCACAGCCCCAGCCCCCGCUUCCUGCCGCUGGACUCGCCGUUCGCCCGCGCCCCCAACCCCACGCACCCGCCCCUCUUCGCCGCCAUCCUGCGCCGCACCACCGGCAUCAAGGUGCUGGAGUGUCACGCGUUCAUAUGCAAGAGGGAGGUGGCCGCCAACGCUCUGGUGCGGUGCUGCUUCCAUGCCUACGCCGACUCCAGCUAUGCGAAACAAGUGGACAGUGCCGGCAGCAUUUACGGCACGCUGGCGUCGGAGAGGAUAACGAACAAAGAGAAGUUGGAAGAAUGGAAGAUGAGUCGUUCCCAAUCAGGCUCCACCAUGACCAUCAAUACAAUAGGCAACCAGAAAGAUGACAUCAGCAUCUACAACGGAGAUGAGAACCACAAAGUCUGGGCUGGCUCCCAGGACAACCUGGACCAAAUUUAUGACGUAUACUCUACGUCCACCAUCAGUAGGCCAUCCAGACCAAGGCAAAUCAUGCAGCCCGUCACCGUACCACCUCCACCAGUCAAAGAGAAGAAGAAGAAGAGCAAAGGAAAAUCCCUGAGCAGCUCCAGGGAAGACCUAUACCAUCCAGUAAUGAACGGCAAGGCCAGCAGCGUGGCAGGAACCAUGGUAAAACCCAGACAGAUGCCCCAGAUGGUCCAACAACCCAUUUACAUCAUGGCACCCCACCCCGGCACCUUACCCAACCCCAAGUUCUUCAAGCACCACGGAAACACCUUUUCCCACCGCCCCAGAGGAAAAAUGUUGAUUCCAGCCAGACCCAUCCCCCCACCGCUAGUACCGAUGGCCCCCGUCAUCAUCCCGACCUCGCUCCCCAAGCAAAGCAAGAAGAAGAACAAGCACGCCAUGGAGGAACCCAUCUACAUGCCCAGCAACCGGGCCCUGAGCCCCGUGGCCAGCUACCAGCCCGUCAACUUCCCGCACGAGGCGUACCUGAUGCAGCACUACGCCACGCUCGAGUCGCAGGGCAAGCAGAAGAACAGGCGGGAGAAGAGCCAGGAGAAGAAGCUGAACAAGAAGCUGGCGCAGAGCAUGAACGGACUGGACGAUCCCAAUUUGAGCGAGGAGAGCCCGUUCAACACGGGCAUCUACAGGAAGAAGGGCCACCUGAACGAGCGCGCCUUCUCCUACUCGAUAAGGCAGGAGCAUCGGAGCAGGAGCUACGGCAGCCUCGCCAACCUGAAGUUCGCCACGCCGAUACCGAACGGACACGAUGUGGAAGACAGGGAGGACAUAAAGAAGGAGAGGGAAAUAAUGCAAAUGGUUCAAGACUUAGACUUGUCAGGAGAUGAAUUGGAACGUUCCGAAGUACCAAGAGGAAUGUACGAGUCCAGGGCAAUGGGACCAGGAGCACCUGUCAUAGUAACAUCACCACAAGUCAAUGGAAGAGGACAUCGUCGAUAAAGAUGAAGCCAUACGUCACAGAGAAGAAGCACAAGUCUUCAAAUCAAAUGGAGAAUCUAUUUAUGACCACCAGAUUAAAUAAUAUAAGACUUAACAUGAGCACUAAUACCCAUUAUAUUUAAACUUGUUAUGUAAUUCAUAUUCAGCAACAGUAUUGGACUUUCUGAAUUUUAGAAGUAAACUAGGCAACUUAGGAAUGCUUCUAGUACUGUUUCUAGAAAUUAUUUGUUUAUAAAUUUAGCAUAGAGUUAUAUAUUUUAUAUUAUUAUUAUUAUUUUAACGUAGUAUUUAUCCAUUUUUAGGAAUAUUUAUAUAAAUUGGGGGCAAAAAUUAAAUAAAACUAAUAUUUUUUAAUUUUUGUCAUCAGUUUAUUGUAUUGAGAAGAUUUAUUAUCUUUUUGUAGUGUUGCAAUACUCAGUUUUAUUGUACAUAUAUUGUAAAUGUAACGACUUUUUAACGACUUGCUCAAAUUUUACACAUUAUGUUCAAUUAUCUUUUUUUAAUGGAAACAAUUUCGAUUUUUUUUUUUGUUUAAAAGGUAUAUGGUUUUUAUGUUAUUGACCAAAUAACUUUAAAUUUGUAAAUAUAGCCUUAAACGCUUAGAUAUUAAAUGAGUCUAUAGUAACAAAUGAUUUUUUAUGUAUUUUAACUGUGUUUUUGUGCAGUAAUGGAAAUUUUAUACUAUUUUUUAUAUUUUCGUUUGUUUGAUGUGCCAUUUUGUCACAUUCGGUGUCCUGAAGGGGUCGAAUCAAACAAGGCAUUUUGAAAGUAAUUGUAAAUUAAUUUUCGAACUCUUUUCUAGGUUUAUGAUGUUUAACUGUCUGUAUCUUUUGUAAAUAAAGCAUUUAAAAUAUG